AUGGCCAGCCAUCACCGAUCGACAAGCUGGCCGUCUGUGACACAUCCCAACAAGAUUGAAAUUCAAGAAGCUCUGCACAGCAUAAGUUCGCUCAUCUCUACGCCGUCGGCCACCAUUGAAGGGGUAUACGAUGGUCUGAGGAGGCUUGGAGAUGUCUACAGCAGCAUCAACGAGGCCAUAUGCUUGCAUAGCAACCAGGUACAUGGGAGGAGGCUGGAGGAAGAAAUGGAGAGGUCGCUUCAGGUGCUGGAUCUCUGCAACACCAUGCAAGAAAGCUUCACUGACCUGAAGAUAACCAUCCAGGAGCUGCAAAUGGUUCUCAACAGAGGAGACCUCCCAGUAGCUCAGGUUAAGGCUCAAUACUACGCCCGCUUGGUGAAGAGGGCAAAGCAUCACUUGAAGAAAGCUGUCAGCAAGUCUACCUCAGAUGAUGAUACCUGGUUGGUCAGUUUAUUGACUACAGCAAGAGGAAUUUCUGUCUCAGCCCUCAAAUCUGCAGUGGAGCUCUUGUCGAAGCAAAUGGCUACCUGCAGCGCGAGCAAGUGGUCUCUUAUCACCAAAUCAAUCCAAAAGAGGAGAGUUUCAUGCGAGGAGUUGCAAUUGCAGGCACUGGAGUUGGGUAUUGUAGGCCUGGAGAGUUCAGUUGAGAAUCUUUUCAGAAAUUUGAUCCAAACCAGGGUCGCUCUUCUGAACACUCUCAGCUCGUAA